AGCGCUCAACCCCUGCGUGUCAGAGACCGAUAAGGGAGAUGGCCCAAAAGAUAACUGCUGGCUCUGCUUAGGGAGAAGCUGGAGACUUUGGGGUCCCAAGAUAACCCAAAUCCCCCCGCAGGCCGGGCCCCUGCGCCCCACAGCCGGGCUGCGAGCAGAGACAGGAACCGGGGCUCGGCUGCGGCUGCAACGUUUCCUGUUUUACAGAGUGAGUAAAAUAGCGAGAGCAGCAAAAUGAGGUGGUUGGCACGAAGAUGGCAGUUGGAGCGUGUUCGUGCCCGAUAACCCCUCGCUCACCCCACUCCUCUGCAGCAGUCGAGGGGUAGGACGGGACCCCUCGGGCCAGGGCAGAGGACCUUGCAGUGGACAGGGCAGUCACAAACCAGCAGAGCUGCGCCCAACAUGAUCAGCCAGCCUGAGAAGGCACGGCUACGGCACCGGCACGCAAGCGAGAGCUAUGAUGAGAAGUGCGAGCGGCGGCAUGAGACACGGGAGAACCUGCGGCGGCGAAACAACGUGACAACCUGCCGCCGCCUCGGGAGGGGAGCGGAGGAGCCAUCGCAGACCCCCCGGCAAAGGGAGUUCCUGAGAAGGAGAAACCUGGCGAGCGAUGCUGUGAGGACACCGCCAGGACAGGAGCCCAAAGCACGUGUCCCCCCGGACACCUCCUCACGGGUGGAUCCAAGACUGUCCAUCCUGCUCCAGCACCCACGGAGCUGCCCCACGUUCCCCCCUGCGCACUCCCCGCUCAGCCUCAGCGCCCCCCUCGGCGUUUCAGUAGAAGCUGUCCCCAAGCGCGGUGCCUCUGUGAACACCCAAGGAACCCAGACCCUCACAAAUCCAAGCACAGGCGUGAAAGACUCGAGCCAGCAGACAGAUUGUGGAAUAGCAGUUUUAAAUAAGGAAAUGGUGCAGCUGUCCAACUACCUGAAGGAGGCCCUGCACCGCGAGCUGCUCCUCAAGCAGAAGAUGGUGAUUUUGCAGGAGCUUUUCUCCACGCUGCUGCAGGCGUCUGAAAAAUCCUGGCAGGGUCAGCUGAACGAAGAUAAACUGAAGUGUAAACUAAGGGCACUUGAAAAUCAGCUGCAGGCCUGCACCCAGAGUUACUCAAAGGAGUGUGUGAAGAAGAUCCUGAUAGAGAUGGAGGACCAGAAACAGACCUACGAGCAGAAGGCAAAAGAGGCUCUUCAGAAGAUGCUGGAAGACAAGCUCCAAACAGAGCAGCAGCUGCAAAACUCACAGAGAAGCCUGGCAGCAACGAGAGAGGAUCUGGCCUUCUGGAAAGAGCACUACACCAUGCUCAAAGCCGAACUGACCAAGAUGACCACGACGCACACCGAGCUCGAGAACAGCUUCCACAAUUUGCAAAGCGAACUGCAGCGAGCAGCCGGGCAGAAUGAGCAGCUCCAUCAGGCCCUGCGCAGCCUGCAGAGCGAGCACGCCACGCUCCACCGGCGAGCCAGCGCCUUGCGGGAGGACAACGACCGGAAGGCAGAGCACAUCAGCACCAUCGAAGAAAAAUUGCAAAAAGAACAAAAUCAGAAGGUAACACUGGAGGCAACGGUCAGCCACUUGCACAACUUGAUACAGAAACAGAGCAACGAACAGAAGAUCCGGGAGAUGACAGUGCAAAGGAAAGACCAGGUUUCCACCACGCAGACCCCACCUCUCACUCCUGCCAAGGAAAAGCAAAACGCUCUGUUAGAGCUCCCCGAGGAGGAGGGAGAAGAAAGUCUGAAGGAUGAGAUGCAGAAAAGGACAUCCCAACUUACAGCAAAGGAAAAUGAGGUACAUAUGGACAUACAGGUAGCAGAAGUGAAAAUCCCCCGUCACUGCAGUGACAGUGCACGGGUGAAGCGCUGCAGCUGCUGCGGGAGCUCUGCUGGUCUUGGUGCGUACAAGAGUGAGGGGAUCCCUCCUGCUAACAGCCCCUCGCUCUGCUUGCAGUGCAUGGAGCUGCGCUCGGAGCUGGAGGCCCUGAGCGAGGAGUACCGCUCCUGCCUGACCAGGCUGCGCCAGUGCCGGGACGAGCUCAACCACUUCCAGAGCAAGCAGGCAAAGAGACGGCGCGGGCACUGGAUCCCUCUCCUGGUGGCUGUGAUAGCAAUGGCCAUAGCCACCUUCCUCGCAACUUACAGACCAUGAAGGACCUUCUCGAUGACUGACCUCACUGCAGGAACUGACUUCUGCUUCACCAGCAGCAACACACCCUCGCUGCAGUGCACCUUCUGCUAUUUCCUACUUGUUUGGUUCAUAUCCUGAGCUGGUCUCACUCCAAACUCCCACAGC